UCCGGUUUCUAAAGUUCCGCCUCCCCUCUCUUUCAUCUUUCGGUUUUGAGCUCUCCUUCUCCAAGAGUUCUAAAUCUCCAAGAACUUCCCCACACCAAGGACUCCAAACAAGAUCCAAGUCUUCCUCCUUAAAACCCAUCAACUUUGAUAAGAUAAAGCCUCAAAAAAGAAACCCUGACCUUGGCCGAAAUCUUCAUCUCCCCACAAGCUAGGGUUUGUGAUUUUCUUCUUCUUCAAGCUUCAGAACUUGGGUUAGCUAUGGCGACGAGGAAGUCACGUACCGCGAGGGGUCGUUCUGCUACCCAGUCACCCGAGCCCGAACCUUUCAGUUGCACUGGACCGAAGAUAUUCUGGUCAGGUUCCAGUCUUCGAACUGAAGCUACUGGCUACGGACUGGUUUUCUUUGCACGCCUUGCUGAGAUGAAUAAAGAGCUCAAAGGAUUAAGAAUGAAAUCGACCACUCUGAUGCCCUUGCUUUGGUGAACUCUGGUUGCCGUAUAAUAAUGGAAGAUAUGGGAGGAACUGGUGAAAUCUAUUGAAAUUUGAUUUAGCUUUGGUCAAGCGUGAUAUUGUGCUGAGAGUGCUUGUGCUUUGGUCUCACCUUUUUCGGUUCUCAUUGUCAUUUGAUAUA